AUGCUCGAUGACGAAUAUUGCGCUAUCCCCCCUAGACGGGAAGUGGCAUUGGUUGGGCUAAAUGACAAUAUUGACGACAAAUUUCUUUUACAGCUUUGCAAGAAACUAACGCAUUCUUCGACUACAAAUCUCUCAACACCUUCAAACGAUGGAGAAGGAACUACUUCAUUAUCAACGUCCUAUGUUUCAACUGUUGGCAUUACACCUCUUCAAAUUAAAAUUUUGCGUCAUCCAACAACUGGAAGUCAUUUGGGAAUGGCAUUAAUUGACUUUUAUAGUUGCAGAGAUGGAAAGCUUUUCAUUUUACGUCAUCAUGGCCGUCCAAUGAUGGGAAGAGAAGUUCAAUGUUUCUUUGACCCUUUUGUUUAUAAACUUGGAGAACUCUACAAAUUACGUGUUGGUGAAGAAUUGGAACUCCCUGAGCGUUAUAGAUUUAUUUUCAAUGAAAAAACAAUUCAACAUAUUCGUGGACUGUUGGCGCAAAGAUACAAAGAUGAAGAUGGGGAUGUAUUGAAAAAGACUUGGACAAAUUUGGAAAAUGGUGUCUCAUCGAAAGAGAAAACUACAUCAAAUAAAAAAUCUGGCAAUAAUAAUGCUACUUCACCAUUAAAAAAUUCAAAACAACGCGAGCAUCGACGUAGUAUUAAAGAGGAUUUGAAGAAAACACCAAUAGCUUCUACACAAGAUGCUCCUCCUUUGCAAGUUGUACCAAAAAAUGAUGUUUCUGAAGCUUCAUCUGUUGUUGUGGAUGCAAAAGAUGUUGAUGGCCAGAAGCAUUUUGAAGAACGCUUAAACUUUACUCCGAUUACUUUGAGUAACAACGUUUCUCUAAACGUUAUAAAUUCAACUCCAACAACGACAACAGCUGUUACACCGAUUACACCGACAAAAUUUUCUUUUGAUUCUAUAAGAUGUUCACACCAGCAACAACAUUUGUCACCACCUUCUUUAUCAACAACUAGUCUUUCAACAUUUCUUCCACCAAUUGCCUUAGUUACUCCAAAGAAAACUGCAGACAAUAAAAUUGUGAUUUUAGAACAUGAACCUCAUUUACUAGUUGAAAAUAUUUCACAAAAUAAUUCUUCUAUUGAAGAUUGUGAACAAAAGGAACAACAACAACAAGAGAUAUCACCUCCACAACUUUCUUCGCCUACACCUCCUCAACAACGAUCACUUGAAUCUAGAUUAGCAGCACUUCUAACUCGUCGCUCAAAUAAUAAUUUAUCUACUUCAUGUACAAAACUUUGUUCUUCAAGUAAUGAAGAUAUUGAAGCAUCUUGUUUUGCUGCUACAACAACAAUUGAUGGGGAAAAGGAUAAUGAAAAUAAUAAUAAUAAAUCUCCAAAUAAAUCUGUUGAAUCUGCAACAUCUUUUAAGUCUCCUUCUUCUGACACUGCAAAUGCUUCCUCAUCUUCCACAUCUUCUUCUUCUACUCAAUGUGCAAAUCAUCAUCCUAUAUCUCAAAGCAAUAACUUGAAUAAGGUUUUUUAA